AUCGUACCGUGCAAUCCCGCGGUACAGCGUGCCGUGCCGUGGUAUGAAAACCAAAAACCAGCCGUCGUCGGAGUGAAAAACCAGCGGAACUUGCUGCGUUCGGUAAAUUAAGAGUUUAAGAUCGCAGUAGCCAGCACAAUUCAGCAGAACAUUUUUUUUAUCGCGCGCGUGUUUGUGUGUUCUGCAGGGCAUUAAUUGUGUCAUCCGAGGCAGCGAAUGAAUCAUUCGCCGGUGCCCCGGGGCCAUAAAAAAGGCAAAACUACCGCGCUAGCUGCUGCAAUCGAAAGCAAAUGGUGCAAACUUGAGAGUAAGAAAACGAAAAGUUGUGACAAGCAAUCAGCUGUCCUGGGUGCGUUUGAACGCCGUAAACCCAUCAUCGCGUGCUUCGAUUAAUUUCGACGAAACCAUCGCCGCCUGCUAUCCGUAAAAGGACUUAAUGCGUGAAUGCGAUUCGGCAAGCGACACAGCGACAGUCUGUGCGGUUGGAGAAGGACCUCUUAUUCGUUUGUGCAAACAGCUGGUAGACCAGAGGAAUGUGAUAAAUCAGCUCAGUGGUGGUGGCAGCAAAUGGAAGCGCGUGGAAGUAUUGUUAUUGCGUAUUAGAAAAUGUUCAUCCACUACAGUUGUCAACGGUCGUCGGCGGCUGUUAGCAAGCGACAGUGCGUUCCAGUGGGGUCUGUGGUCGCCUUUGCCUUCGUGCAUAAGUGCGGCGAUACGUGAAGACAUCCCUUUCGUAGUGAGUGUGUGUGGGUAGUGGAAACAUCCAGUGGCAGAUGAUAGUGUGUGAACCAGCUUAAUGGAUGCCAAAAAUGAUGCCAAAAAAUGUUGCUCCCCGACAACGCCACCGCACACAACAUGUAUUCGGCCCACCAUGUGAAAUCAAAAAAGCAUUAAAUGGGACGUGUACCAAACAAUUGGCGGGCUAGGCGAUCGCUCUAGUGGGCUAUGGCUUGGACCAACGGCUCGAAAUCGGAAAUUUAGUGAACGAUCACAGUCACCGGGGAGAUAGAGAGUGCGUUUCGUCGUGCUGAUGUGACGUAGAAAACAUAUUGAGCAGCUAAGAGGUCUCUAUGAUGGAGUCCUUACCUCAGCGCGAUUACAGAAUGGACGAGAAAGGGUUGCCGGCGGCGUUUGAGCAGCAGCAGCAGCAGGAGCAGCAGCUUCAAAACUAUUCUACGAAACUGCCUAGCUUACCCUUUUGGGAAACCCUUUGGAACGGAUCUAUUCGGCACUCGUACUCGGUGUGGAAUGCCAUAAAAAAGCGGAAAAUUCGAAGACAUUUUGGCAGUGCCGAUGCAUGUUUUAACAGUGAUGGGGCGGCAGAAGAGUGCUCGAUAAAUUAUGAACAACACUUAGGAUGCAGCAUUAAUCAUAGUGAGCCCAGUGAGAGUGGCACUUAUAGCAGUAGUGUUAGUAGUGAUGGUGGUGGUGGUAGUGCAAAUGAGAAAAGCAGUAGUAGCCAGUGCACCAGCAGUCAACGGCGAUGGCGCAGCAACCAUCAUUCGCUGGAGAUCCUGUACCUUUGGAUAGAGAAGAAACGGAAUCGCACCAGUCUCUGGAAACGGUGGCGGUGGAAGCUGCUAAGGAACAGCAGUAGUAGUGCACGUGACAUCUAUCCUUUUCUAUACCUUUUCUUGCUCGCAAUGUUCUGCUGUGCAACCGCACACGGUGCCGAUGUGAAUACGAGUUUAGUGAGCGCGAAACAAGGAACCAUGGCUACGACAGACGACGAUGCAGCAUUUAUAGUUAGCGAGGGGACAGUAUGUUCCAGUGUAGACGUAAGGAAUACACCCGUACACCUGAAACGGCUUAAAGGAUGCCGGGUGGUCGAAGGGUUUGUACAAAUUAUGCUGAUUGACAAAUACACCGAAGACAGUUUCGACAACUACUCCUUUCCGUUGCUUACGGAAAUCACCGGUUAUCUGAUGAUGUUCCGGGUGAAUGGUCUGCAAACGCUUGCCAAACUGUUCCCAAACCUAACAAUCAUCCGCGGCAACGUGCUGGCCGACCGCUACGCGCUUGUUAUUUUCGAACUGAUGCAUCUUAAGGAAUUGGGUUUGACAUCCCUCGUUCACAUUGCUAAUGGCGCAGUGCGGAUAGAGAGAAAUUCCGUCCUGUGUCAUGCGGAUACGAUCGAUUGGAACGCAAUUGCAGCGAACGGAACAGCACCUAACGUCAUAAGUUCGAAUCAAAACCCCAACGAAUGCACAACCUGCCCGAGCAACGUUACCACAACACUGCCGGAUGGAAGUACCGCAGUGAUCAAAUGCCCGCAACAGGAGACCAAUCUCAUGUCACGUUCAAAGCCAAACUAUCUGUGCUGGUCAAACAAACACUGCCAAAAGAAGUGUCCUGAAAAGUGCCUGCCGAAAUCGUGCACAGAUAGCGGUGAAUGCUGCAGCCGAUUCUGCAUUGGUGGUUGCAGUGGGGUACGCGGGAACGAGUGCACAGUGUGCGCCAAUUACAACUAUUUGGACGAUCAGGGUCGGAUACGGUGCGUGGAGAAGUGUCCACCCAAUAUGUUCCUCUUCAGUGACACCCGGUGUGUGACGGAAGCACAAUGUUACGGUUUGUUCAAACCGCUGCAAAGGGUGACCGAAUCUGAUCCGGCCGAUCCGUACCCAUACAUACCGCAUGAUGGUGUAUGUCUAUUAGAAUGUCCCAAGGAUUAUAUGGCACAGUAUAACGCAACGACCAAACAGAAACAGUGUGUCAGCUGUGGAAAGAAAUGCCGUGUCGAGUGCCAAAGCCAGACGGUCGAGAGUAUAUCGCACCUGGAUCAUUUGGAAAAGUGUACCAUCAUCAAAGGAUCGCUCUCUAUUCGUUUGCGGCAGUAUGGUGGAGAAAACGUGGUGCAACGACUAGAAGAAACGCUUAAAAAUAUCGAAGAAAUCGAUGGCUACCUAAGCAUUGUUCGUUCUUAUUCUAUAAUUUCGCUCAGUUUCUUCCGCGAGCUCAAAGUAAUCCACGGUAACUCCUUGACUGGCAAUAGCCUUUCACUGAGUGUGCACGACAAUCAGAACCUGCAGGAGUUGUGGAGCCAAAAUGUAACGAUAAAGAAGGGCAACGUAUUAUUCAAUGGCAAUCCAAUGCUCUGCGUUAAAAAGAUAACCUCACUGAAAUCGGGCUUCGGGCCGUCAGUGACCAUCGAGAACGAGGACCAGUUAGGGCGUAGUAACGGGGAUCGUGUGCCGUGCGAAAUUGUAAAACUGGAAACGAAAGUCACGAAACUGUCCCUCGACACUGCCAUUAUUAGUUGGGAUCAGUUCAAGGAUCUGUACGACAUACGCCAGCUACUCGGCUAUGUCGUAUACUACAUUGAGGCACCGACAAAGAAUGUAACCAUCUAUGAGGGACGAGAUGCGUGCAACUCUGUCGGUUGGCGUGUAGAUGACAUACCCAACUGGCAGGAUGCAAGCCAGAACAGUCACCUGCUGACGCGCUUAACACCGUACACCCAGUACGCGUACUAUGUAACAACGUACACUCUAUCGUCGGAAAAUAAGGGUGGCCAGUCGGACAUUACCUAUUUCCGCACCGCACCUGGGCAGCCGAGAAUGGUGCGAAGCUUAACAGUGAACGUUAAUAUGGAUACCAAUAGAGUGGUGAUUAAGUGGGAGCCACCAAUUAAAAUGUUCGGUCAGCUGAAACAGUACCGAGUGAGUGCAUCGUUGAAUGAAGAAAAGAACGAUAUGAUUAAUCAACGAAAUUACUGCGAUCAUGAAAUUGAAAACACUACACCGAAGCCAAAUAUUACACCUCAAUCACCGAUCGGAACGACUCCUGCACCGAUCAAAGAUAACAGCCAGGGCUGCUCGGUCGAAGAGUGUGCGGCCUUUUGUCCAGCCAGCGGACCACCCAAAAUUGAUAUCGUGGAAAUCGAGAAUGCAAUCCAAUUCGAAGACUGGUUACACAACUAUGUAUACAUAAAAAAUACCAAAUCAUCAUCCCGGAGGCGACGCAACAUUCCGAAUGAGGAUGAAUUGCCGUUAAAGAACGAUACGCAUGUGCUGUUUCCCAAUAACACGGACAACGUGUCUGGUGAUACGGUGGCGACGGUGUAUAGUAAUGAAAAGGUGAUUGGCGAAGAGUACUACCGUACGCUGACGGAAUCGGUGAAUACGACUGAAAUUAGUUUUCCCCUGAGCAACUUCAAACACUCGGCGCUGUAUCAGUUCCAUGUCGUUGCGUGCCGAGAAAAUGCAACUCAAAUUCCCGGAACUAUAGUGGUCGAUGACCCAAGCAUUAUCUGUGGCCCAGCGCAGCUCAUCUCCUUCCGUACGCCUCGUCGGGAGGAUGCUGACCUGGUUCCCUUCAACUCGUUAGAACUGUCGGACAACUCAAACAGUACGCAACGUGUGAUUGGUGUGAAAUGGGUUGGUCCAUCUAAACCAAACGGCGUAGUUGUUUCUUAUUCGAUCAAGUAUCAGCGUGUCGAUUUGGAUUCGGUGCAAGCGAUUACCCGUUGCAUUACGGUGCACGGUUACAACAAAACAGGCAUGUUCCUCUUGACAAAGCUCGAAGCGGGCAACUAUAGUGUGCGCGUUAUGGCGACGACCACGGCUGGCAAUGGACCGUACACGGCGGAAAAGUACAUCUUCCUGCCGAAACACGAAGGAGACACACCCUGGUGGAUAUGGCCGCUUAUUAUCGUACUGACGCUAGUGCUGGUGUUUUUCGGUUUAGUCGUUUUCUACUUCGCCAAACAAAAGUACAUGCCGAUGUCGAAUAUGCGCCUGUUUGCGCACGUCAACCCCGACUAUGCCGGGGUCACUUACAAGGUGGACGAAUGGGAGGUACCGAGGGAGCACAUCAUUCAGUUGGAAGAGCUCGGCCAGGGCUCGUUCGGAAUGGUGUACAAGGGCAUUGUGACGAAACUGGGCAACGAUGCAAACAUCCCGUGCGCGAUUAAAACGGUUAACGAGAGUGCCACCGAACGUGAACGGGAAAGCUUUCUUAUCGAAGCGACGGUCAUGAAAGAGUUCAACACCCACCAUGUGGUUCGGUUGCUUGGUGUGGUUUCGGUCGGCCAACCAACGCUAGUCAUAAUGGAGCUAAUGGCGAACGGUGACCUAAAGAGCUAUCUCCGGCGUCACCGGCCGGAUUAUGAGAAUGGCGAGGAGCAAUCGCCGCAGCCUCCGACACUGAAGCAAAUCUUCCAAAUGGCGAUCGAGAUUGCGGACGGAAUGGCGUACUUGGCGGCGAAAAAGUUCGUUCACCGCGAUCUUGCCGCUCGAAAUUGUAUGGUAGCGGACGAUCUUACUGUAAAGAUUGGUGAUUUCGGCAUGACGCGCGAUAUCUACGAGACGGACUACUAUCGCAAGGGAACGAAGGGUUUCCUGCCGGUACGUUGGAUGGCACCGGAAAGUCUCAAGGAUGGCUUAUUUUCAAGCAGCAGCGACGUGUUCAGCUACGGCGUAGUGCUCUGGGAGAUGGCAACGCUUGCCUCGCAACCUUAUCAGGGUCUAACGAACGAUCAGGUUCUGCGAUACGUUAUCGACGGAGGCGUUAUGGAGCGGCCGGAAAAUUGUCCAGACAAACUUUACGAACUGAUGCGCAGCUGUUGGCAUCAUCGUCCUUCAGCGCGACCCACCUUCGUGGAAAUCAUUACAAAGUUGCUAAUGCAUGCCAAUGAGCGAUUCGAGCAAGUAUCGUUCUUCCAUUCACCGGAUGCAAUCGAUAAUGCGGCCCAACCAGGGCAAGGAUUAAUAGAUGACGUAACGGUUCCGUUGCGGGCGAAUGAAGAGGAGGAUCUCGACGAGGAGGAAGACGAACCAUACUCCAUUGAGAUGACGGACAGUCGAUUGAUGCAGAACAAUGGACCGAAACCAGACAUUCGCUCAACACACUCGCCACAAAGGUGAGCACGGCAGGCGUGAUUCAGCCCUUGUCAUAGUAACUCAGAUCAAGGGAAAUUCAACACAAAUACAGUGGAUCAAUGUCCAAGGCGAAACGAGAAUACCAGAUAGCGCAUAGACGUCGGCAAAAGGCCAAAGGAAGCUUGAUAAGGAUAAAGUAAACAGAGAUGAUACUGAGACAAUGGAUUAAAGCAAGGCAAGUAAGAUCCUAGAAUUGUAGCCACGGCAAAUACGGUAAGAUCCAGAAGCUCUAUCCAAAUGAAAUGGAUCAACAAUGACCACUACGUUACAAUCCGAUCCGAGAACAAAGUGUGCAUUCCCUCUUGGGGUGCGAUUAUUGUUGCUACCUAUCAAACAGCGCAAGUUGGACACGGGUUUGUAUCAUUAUUUUGAAAUGGUACUUACCUAAAAUGCAACCUACCACAAGAUAACUUACAGUCAGGUGGCACUAAUCCUUCUCCGGUCGUUAAGCAGUGACGUUGAUACUGUUGAUCAGAUAAUUUAUCCCUUCACACAACUUCCCGCUUACCACCCUGUGCGCUUUUGUAUAUUACCGGAAUAUUGCUGAAGGCUGGUACGAGGUGUAGAGCCGUUGACAAAUCUACAUCUAUCUAAAUGAAAUCUUGGGAGUUGUUUGAUGGUUCGGCCUCACUUGCAUGUUUAGGUAAAAUUACUUUAAAUUGUGUUUGCCCCUGGAACAUUCACAACUUCGACUUCGUUCGCCUCUAUAAACACAUUCUACAUAGAGCAUUAAAUCGAGGAAGAUGAUCGGUACAUGCCUUGCUCUUUUUCACCUAGCUGAAUUGUAACGAACUGAAUUGCAGAAUAUAGUUUCUCUGUUUUCAAAAUAGUAUAAUAGUGCAGAUGGAUAAUGCACGUGGUAAAUGUGGAGACACUAUUUUUCCCCGUACAUCACACACAGGGGCAUGUGAGAUAGUGAGGACAAGGUUAUUUUAUGGUGUUUUCAAUAAGAAUCAAUUUACGAACAACAACAUUGGAGUGUGCAAUCUUUGGCUGCGGUCUCAUGAACAAUUCUUUUAAUUUGAAUUACAUUUUGAGUUCCUAUGUGGAAAAAAAUAUCGCUAUUAAAGUGUUUCCCGGGUCAGAUUAUGUUUGAACAAUCGAUGGAACAAAGAAUAGGAAUCGAGCGAAUGAAUGUGAAGCAGCAAACGAAAUUUGCAAAGGAGGAAGGAUGAAGCAGGAUCAAAAUGGAAUAAGAACUUAAUCCGUGUGCUGUUGCUAUCGCGCUCACAUGACAAAGUUUUUGGAGUAAGUAUCGUAGAUAAAUAUGUUUUUAAUUCACAAUGCAAAUCUUUCUGAGCUAACCGUUGUCUGCACUAGAGUUCUAGAUGAGCAGCGCCUGCAGAGGGAAGGUUUGCAAAACCUAACACAGUUCCUUAGCGCAAUAGCUAAAUAAAUAAUAGUGCCAGGACGCGUACUACCACUACUACACUACUGCAAAUGCUGCUGCAAUUGCUUUUAAGACAUUGUUCGCAUAACUCAGUUUUUUGAGUGCGAAUGUGCUUCAUUUUGAUUUUUUUUUCUUUUAAACUAAGUAAUUUCUUCUGUGGAGCAGAAUCAAAGCAGCUAAAUAUUCUAAGUAAAAUAGAACUAGCCCAAAACGCGAGGUUUGCACGCGGUUCCUAACUGUUAUUUAUCGUUCCGUACAUGAGAAAGAGAGAGAGAGAGAGUGCAUAAAGGCGUGGGGACUUGGAGUAAAUCGCUGAACCAGAAAAGAUUGCCUGUACAGAAAUGAUUGUAUUGUAGAGACAAGCCAAAUAUCGUCACUCCUUUAUUCAGUUGUUGCUCGCCGCAUUCUAUGUUAGUAAACCAGUCGUUUAGUACUACCACGGAAUGUAGAAAGAAUGGAUACCACAGGUGACAGUAUGCAGUGGUAUAGAUAAUUAUUUUGAAACCAUUAUUUUGUCGCUCUUUCACUGACUUCUGAAUGCUAUAAAGAAGGUUCGCUGUGCGAGCUGAAAACAAAAUAAAAAUACUUCAUCCUUCGGCCUACGGGGGUGUGUCGGAACUGCUGCUCUUCCAACAGAAGUUUGAAAAGUAUUCUUAUGGGCUUCACGUUUUGUUUUUUUCCCCGUAAGUUUCGCUGUGCGAGCUAUAGUUUAGUGGAGGCCAACUCCCUACCAGUUGCUAGUGGAUCCUUACUAAAAACACUGCUUGAGUAUAUUACUCACUGACUUACGCAGAAGGCAUUGGAAUGGGAGGUGAACAAAAAGUGAAACAAAUUCAAAACUAGAUCGACGUAUGCAGAUAAAUACACACAAAAAAUGUCCUGCUUCAGAAGGGGCAAGGGAAGGGGGGCUUUGCGAGACAAUCUUGUGCCUCUGUAGUGUCGAAUGCUAACCUAGUGCGGAUUCGUUCAUUUUUAAUUUUUACAAACGGUGGGUUAAAUACGCAAAAAAUGUAUAAAAUGAAAAAUGUUUCCUAAGCAUCACCAAUGCAAUGCGGCAAAAUAGAGGGAGGAACAACUAAAAUGCAUAAAAAUGUACACUAAAUAUCUGUCGCCAGAGACAAUAGCAAUAAGGGUGGGAAUAGGAGAUUGUGGCAAAUUCACGGUGUUGGUCUUUUUCGAUCUUUUCCUUGCAUCCGGAUGCAUCCAACAUCUUCGUUGCGGGUGUUUGAGUUUCUUUUUGUUUUUUUUUUAGUAGGCUUGUCCGUGGAGCAUAUAGGAACGUUUAGCUAAAUAUAGCCUACUAGUUGGGUGUUUCUUGAGAAAAAAAAACUAUGUUAAUUCGUCGGGCUCCCGUAUCCUUCAAGGCCCCCCACCCCCCGCCCCCAUCAGCAGCUGCCAAUUCCCAGAGAGAUACGAUACCUUUUUCGUGUUAAGAGUUCCAGUCCUGAUUCCAAUUUUAAUCUAUUGAACACCAACAUGUAUAAUCGUGUAAAGCUAUUGUCUUGAAAGCUAGACAUAAAUGUAUGUAAAUAAGUAAAUAUAUAAGUAUAAACAAAUAUUUAUAUAUAGAUCCUACGUGCAUAAGUUAGCAAGAUUUAAAAAUCACCGUUAGCACCCAUUAACAUCUCUAAAGAAUAAGUAUUUCUAAUGGCGCAAAAAUGAUUUCUGUACAUAUUAAGGAAACGAAAGAUGGAGAACGCUGCCCUUUUUUUUUUGUUGAAUAUGCAAACAUUUGUACAUGUUUAUAGUUAUGCAAGAAAAAUGUACAGCGAGGCAAAACAGGCAGAAAAGGCAAAAGCCGGCAACGAUUGGCGGAAGGACAAUGUAGUUCUACAGAUACAGAUCGAGGCUAAACAAUAAUCUUGUCAAAAAUAAACUGGGACAUGUUUUUAUGAAACGAA